AUCGCGCAUGCGUAGUGAAGUCCUGCCACCGGAGACACACACGCUUCCGUGUCGGUAUACCGGCGUCUUGAUCUGGACUGGAAACAACGUGCUCACGUAACGUCUGCGGUACUUACAGUCGUGUGGCAAGACUUACGGCUCAGACUAACCAGCGACAUGCCUAACAUCACGAGUGAGAACGGUCUGCGUGUGUUGGUGACAGGAGGGGCAGGGUACCUGGGCUCCUCGCUGGUCCCCAUGCUCCUGCACGAAGGUUACCACGUCACCGUAUAUGAUAUCUUCGUGCACGGCAUCUUCUCCCUCCUCCCGGUGGCCGACCACCCCAGGCUGCGCGUCGUCUGCGGAGACAUCCUGGAUGUCGACGAGCUGGCCGCGGCCAUGGCAGACGUCGACUUCAUCGUCCACUUGGCGGCCAUUGUGGGUUACCCCGCGUGCGACGCCAACCCCAAACUUGCUGUCAGGGUCAACAAGGAGGGUACAGAGAACAUCGUCCGCUUGUUGCAGCCACACCAGGGGAUGGUGUACUCGUCCACGGGCUCGUGUUACGGAGCUGUGGAAGGUACGUGUAACGAGGAGACUCCCAUCAGCCCCCUGACCCUGUACGGGCGCACCAAGGCAGAGGGGGAGGCCGCCGUGUUGGCUGCAGGGGGCGUUGCCCUCCGUCUGGCGACAGUCUUCGGUGUGUCCCCGCGCCUGCGCCUCGACCUACUCGUGAAUGACCUGACCAACCGAGCGCUGAAGGAGCAUCACUUCUCGCUCUACGAGGGCUCCUUCCGGCGCACCUUCCUGCACUGCAAGGACGCGGCUCACGCCUUCGUCUUCAGCCUCAAGAACUACGAGCGCAUGAAGGGCGGCGCCUUCAACGUCGGAGAUGAGAAAAUGAACAUGACCAAGGCCAGCGUGGCCAAGUGCAUCCAGGAGAUGGUCCCAGGGUGUAUCAUCACGCUGUCGGAGGACGGGGAAGACAAGGAUAAACGGGACUAUGAAGUUUCCUACGCCAAGAUCCGUAAGCUUGGGUACCAUUCCACUCUUAGUGUCCAAGAUGGCAUACGAGAGCUGGUGAAGGUCCUGCCUGCAAUGACAGAGGAGGACAUCAUACGCUGCAGGAACGUAUGAAACAUGGCACGUGUCGCCCUCCUUUCAAAUCUUAGACAUUAGGCGUGAAUGUGUGUGUGUGACUUCACUAAAGAUAGGUUCUCAGACAUAAAAACAUAUAACAGAAUAUAUCAAGACUAAAUGUAAAUUAUAGUCUCCAGUAUUUAUGUUUUUGAUCAUGCGUGUUAAUGUGAUGAAUGAUUAAAUCACAGUAGUCCUGAAGAAAUUGCUUACCUGAUGUUAAACUAACCCAUUCUUCUGCAGGAAUACAACUAUAUGUAUAUAAACCGGGAAGUGUCAUACAACAUUGCACAAGUUUUGCAUGGAUGGAUUUGUGCUGAUCAUUAGUAAUGCGUUUUAUAAUCCCUUACAUUUAUCCCUUACAUUUUAUAUUAUUAAAUCAUAAUGUUACACAUCAUCACAUAAUACAUAUAAACUUGUGCAAUUAGAUGAAUUCUAUGAAUAUGUUUGACUCUUUAAAGAAUUUAUCCAGUUGCUUGUUGUAUUUUGUAUUAUGUAAUACCCUACCUAGAUGUCUAGUAUUCAUCAAAUUACAGUUUACAGCAAGUUUUUUACAGCCAUUUUUAAAAGCAUUUUUAUUAUUUCACUCCUUAUUUCUUUCAUGGGUGCACAAUUGACCAUACAAUAAGAUUCCAUUCUACUUGGAAAGAUGGCACAUUUGUCUUAAGGUGUUCAAUGUAUGAUUAUGGUAUUGGACAACAGUAUUUGGGAAUGAAAAAGCGACAUCUUUGCAUUUUACAAACAUCCUAAUCUCCAAGAAGAGCAUACGGUGGCAAGGAGUGUCCAUUAGCCACCGAUAAAUCUGGUACAAUGUCCCUUCAAUUAAAAAAUCAAUAACAUGACGAUUCUGUAUCAUAAUGCUUUCAGUUUUGCUGCCAAACCCCUACAUUGAGCACCUUUAAUCAAUUGAUGAGUCAGGAAAAGUUGUGAGGUAGAAAAUGAUCAGACUGGUAAGAGAGUGUCUACAUGAUAGAGAGUUUUAGAAAUACUGAGUUGUUGAAUGUGAACAACGUAUAGGUGUGUGCAAUCAACAUGAGGCAAAAACUAGAUAAACUUGAUUGUCACAAACUGAGAAACUUUAAUGUCACGUAAAAAAUGUCUUCUUAUAGAUUAAGACUGAAGUAGCUGUGUCAUUUUAGGUAAACGACCAGGUUGGAUAGAGUACUCGUAUUUUCUUGUGUGAAACUUGUGUAAAACUAGUAUACUUGUAUAAAGCUUUGGAGCUAUGUACAAAAUGAGCUGGUUAAGUAGCAUAACAAAUAUCAAUUCCAGAGUAUGGUAACUCACCACUCACUGUAACUGGUACAUACAUAUACUAUAUAUGUGAACCUAAUGACAGUAGCUUAUUUGACAGCAUGUGCCCCCCCCCCCUCAAUUCCUUGCAAAACCCCUUUCAGAUCCUAUUCCCUGUUGGGAUGUACAGGGCACUGUGGGUAACACAGUGGGUAACCAUAAUCAAUGAAAACAUAGAAUGGACACAGUACGCAAACACUGUCAUGGCAAUGGUAUUGUUGUCCCAAUAUUACCCAUAAUGCCCAUGUCUCCCAAGAGGUAAUGGAUCUGUAAAAUGGUUAGCAUGGAUUGUUGAAAAUAGCAAAUAUUUGGCGUACUGUGGUCAGAUCUCUUUUAGUACUUUUACAGGGCUAGUUUUCAUAUUGGAAAGUCUGUUACAGUAUAGACCUACUUUGUUUAGAAUGGAGAUGACAACUGUAUGUAUCACCUGUGUAACAAUGGAACAUUGACAAGUAGUUAUGCAUGUUCAGAGUGCCUGCACUUUGGCUAUAGGGACUCAGCACCCAAAACGGUUUUGCCAUGAUAAAAUAUACUAGGAGAUACAUGUUCAAAAUACCAGAACAUAAUAUCUGCCAAUAUUCUACAUGAAUAGACCUACAUGUACACUGGAGCAUAUACCUAUUUUGUUACUGAAAACAUGUUAUUUCUAACACAAAGAUGACAAGUAAGCACUGGAAAAAGAUUGGGAGUAGGUUCUUAACAUGAGAUACCCAAGGUCCAAAUAAACAUUCUGUUAACUGUCCAUUUAA